AUGCGCAUCUCUGGCUGGAGGUUCCAGUGUGACCCCACCUCACUGCAGCAGGGCCCCAGCACCCCAGGAGGGAAGCUGACUCAAGGCUCCCACCAAGGGGCCCCUGAGAGUCUGCAGGGGAGCCAGCAGGAGCUCCAGGGCCUCCUGAGCCAGGGGCAGGCUCUGGAGAAGGAGGCCGAAAGCCGCGUGGAUGUGCGGGCGCUGAAGACCCUCUUUGAGGCUGAGCCCCAGCUGGGCGGGGCCCUUCAGGCUCCUGCUGCCUCCUGUAAGCCCGAGGCCUCAAUGGAGCAGGCCUUUGGGGAGCUGAUGAGGGUCAGCACAGAGGUGGCCCGGCUGAAGGAACAGAUGCUGGCCAGGCUGCUGGAUACUGAGGAAGCUGUGCACAAAGCCCUUAGCUCCAUGUCGAGCCUGCAGCCUGAGGCUAGCACCUGGGGCCAUUCCCAAGGACCCCAAAAAGACCACAGUGCCUACAAGGUCAGUGUCAUGGACAGCAGUAGAGCCAGGCCCAACUGCUCAGGCCAGGAGGUCAGGGGUCAAACUGCAAUCAAGAGCCAAAUCGAGGUCCAGAGUCAAGCCAAGGUCAGAAAUCACACAGAGGCCGGAGGUCCAGCAGUCUCAGCCGCCCCUUCCACCAGGAGGCUGGAGACAUUGAGAGAAGAUUCAGGCCUCCCUCUCAUCUUGCCUUCUAGCAGAGAGUCACCCUCCUCCCCAACCUUCAUCUCCAUUAAGUCAGCCACAAGGAAGCUUCCAGAAGCUCCCAGCCCCAGGGGCAGCCCGGAUGUUUCAGUGAAAAACACAUCCCUGGCCCAGGAUGUGAGCCAGACACUGCUCCAUCAGAAAGGUGUCCAGGACAAGGCCGAGAAAAAAGAGGUCACCCAGUGCUCUGGACAGCCCAGGCCUACCCCUGCCUCAGCCAGCUCCCUGCUCAGUGGACGGCAGAAGAGUGUUCUGGAACUACAGACUGGGCCUGGUGGCUCCCAGAACUGUGACUGAGCAGUGCAGAAACUCAGUCCUCACGUCCUCCACCACAGUCCCCAAGCAG